UUCUGGUUUUCCUCCUCCACUUUCUCUGCAUUCAGCAAGCACCACCAUUCACCAUUUCAAUCAUGGAAGAAGAAUCCCAGCAUCACCACCAAGACUGUUCACCUGAAACACGAUCACCACCCACAACCGGCACAUGCUGCAAGUGCGGCGGUCCCACAACCUUCGCGCCACCUCCGCCGUCACCCUCGUUCUCCGAAAUCUCGCCGCCGCCUACUUACCGACCCAUCCGAGCUCCGGCGAUCCCACCGGACCCAAACUCCCAGCGAGCCAUCAUCCUCGCUCCUGUACCACAAGCUCAGAAGGUCCCUGUGGCUUCCCCGCCCUACCAAUUCCAAACCCCAACCAAGCGCAUCCAAACCCCCGACGACAUUCGCCGCUUACACGACUCCGAUUCCGGUAAGAACUUCCUCGGCUUCGUCGUCGCACUCUCCGAAUCCAUCCGCGGCCACAAAAUCUCCGAUCCCUGCCACCAGUCCGAAACAACCAACUCCAUCGUCUCCAUUCUCGAAACCCUAACCCUAUGGAUCGACGAAAUUCCCCCACUUCAGCAAGCCGCGCGUUAUGGCAACGUCGCCUACCGAACUUGGCACGAACGGUUGGUCCAGUCCGCUGAAUCCCUCAUGCUGCGGUUCCUCCCGGAGGAUCUCCGAUCGGCCACCGUUGAAAUUGUUCCUUAUUUCGCCGAUAGCUUUGGGAACUCGAGCCGAAUCGAUUACGGCACUGGGCACGAGACCAAUUUCGCGGCGUGGCUGUACUGCCUGGCGAGGUUGGGGGUGAUCGGAGAGGAGGAUUACCAAGCCGUAGUGAGCAGAGUGUUUGUGAAGUAUCUUGAACUGAUGAGGAAGUUGCAAUUGGUGUAUUGCUUGGAGCCUGCAGGUUCACAUGGUGUUUGGGGGCUUGAUGAUUACCACUUUCUGCCAUUCAUAUUUGGGUCUUCGCAGUUGAUUGACCACAAGUAUAUGAAGCCAAAGUCGAUUCACAACCAGGAUAUACUGGAUAAUUUCUCCAGUGAGUACCUUUACCUUGCUUGCAUUGAUUUUGUGAAGAAGGUGAAGAAGGGUCUGUUUGCUGAGCACUCACCCAUGUUGGAUGAUAUCAGUGGGGUCCCUAAUUGGAACAAGGUCAAUAGUGGGUUGCUCAAGAUGUAUAAGGCUGAAGUCUUGGAGAAGGUUCCCAUCAUGCAGCAUUUUCUUUUUGGCUCGCUUAUUAAGUGGUAUGUCCAGUUGGAGUCACUUUGUUUGGGACAUUGCUGUGAGGCCAAGCUAUUAGCCAGGUUGAUGAAAUCGAGUAUAGCAAGUCAUUAGAGGGGGAUUGUAUUCAUAGCAGUUUUUUCAUCGAUUUUUUAUGUACUCAUUUUGCUGAACUACUUGUUCACUGUCGACUUGUUUAUUCUAGGUAUACUCACAUAGUGAAAGUAAAGAUACUGGAUAGAUUUUCUUCGUUAUUAAAUAUGAGUGAUGAGAAUGUUUGCUACAGGUCAAAGAAUGAUUCUAUACUCGCAAGAAGAUCUAGUAAAUGCAUGCUUGAACGACUAGUGAGAGCAGCUUAGAGUAUGGCCGCUUCAUCUUGCU